AUGUUGAAAAACCUGAAUCCUGAAACCUACGACUUAGCAUGCAUUCAAGAACCUUACCUUAACCCUGUAAACCUCGCUAACGCUUCUAAUCUCAGACGUCACUGGGAUAUAUUAUACCCAUCAAAUCAUCACGCCAACCCAGAGCGCUCUCAAACCAUAAUACUAAUCAACAAACGCAUCUCCAAAAACAUGUGGCAUAUUGUUCCCAUUAACUCACCGAACAUAAUGGCCAUAGAUCUGACUGGAGUGUUCAGCAAGGUACAUGUCUAUAAUGUAUAUAACCCAUGUGACCAUAACAACACACUACAUUACCUUGAGCGACACAUGCGUUCUGAGCAGAACGCCCGUCGCAGUAACCCCCAACCACUUGCUCAAGGCGAGCAUGGUGCGGCUACCGAAAACAUAAUUUGGAUGGGAGAUUUCAACCAUCAUCAUCCCAUGUGGGAACCAAUAUCGAACAACCAUCUAUUCACCGCGGCAAAUCUUGAUGCUGCGGGUGUAUUAAUUAACUUACUUGCUCUGUAUGACCUAGUCCAGGUCCUCCCCCCUGGCUUAACUACACUAGAGGCCUCCAACACCAAGAACCUAACACGCCCUGACAACGUGUUCUUCACAGCUGGACUGGAACAAGUGUUCACAGCGUGCAAAGUGGAGUAUCAGCUAAGGCCUGUAGUCACUGAUCACUUUCCAAUCAUCAGCUCCCUGGAUCUCCAACCGGAGCGCAUCCCAACCAAUCCUCGACUGAACUACUAG